AUGUUGCGCCGCGCAAAGUGCAAAAGAGUUGUGAACAACUUAGGGGAAAAAAAGUGGAUAAGAACUCUUCACUUGUUCGACGCUUUUCUUACGUUUCCGAAGACAUUCGCGAUACACGCAGGCAAUACAGAGAUAGAGAGAAAGAGAAAGACGACAACGAUGAUUCAGACGACGACGACGAUCCAGACGACGACGAUUCAGACGAAAGCGGCGUUGAGAAGAAGACGACAACCAAAUCCGGUUUUUGUCGGUUAUAAAAAGGGAACUUCGUCCAAUGUGAAGCAGCAAACGUCUCGACAACGGAUACGGUCGUCUUCUUCUUCGUCGUCCUCUUCAUCUUCUGUAACUGUUGCACGAAGAAGAAGAGCUGAGAUGAUCAAAACGUCCGCGUUCCCGACCGAGGCGAACCCACCGGCGGCGAAGAAACAUUUCAUCCACUUGGAUGAUUUCAGCAAAGAAGAAAUCAACGAGUUGUUGGACAUCGCGAUAUCGGAGAAGAAGCGAUUGCAAUCCGGAGACCGAUCGUACAAACCGUUCGAAGGGAAAACGUUGGCGAUGAUUUUUGCGAAGCAAAGUUUACGAACGCGAGUUUCUUUUGAAACUGGGUUUCAUUUGUUGGGCGGGCACGCGGUGUAUUUAGGCCCGGACGAUAUCUCGUUAGGGAAGAGAGAAGAGACGAGAGAUAUUACGAGAGUUUUGUCCAGGUAUAACGACAUCAUAAUGGCGAGAGUGUUUGCGCAUAAAGAUGUGGAAGAAUUAGCCAAGUUUGGUUCGGUCCCGGUGGUGAACGGUUUAUCGGAUUAUAACCACCCGUGUCAAAUCUUGGCGGAUGCGAUGACCAUCACCGAACGUUUGGGGUCCAUCGAAGGUAAAAAGGUCGUCUACGUCGGCGACGGGAAUAACAUCGUCCACUCGUGGAUUCGAUUAGCAACUGUAUUACCGUUUGAGUUCGUGUGUUUAUGCCCGGAAGAUUACACCCCUGAUCAAGCGACGAUUGAUCGAUGCAACAACUCGGGAGUCGGCAAGUGCGUCAUCAGCCACGACUUGAACGACAUCGCCGGCGCCGACGCCGUCUACACCGACGUCUGGGCAUCCAUGGGCCAAAAAGACGAAGCCGCGCAGCGUAAAAAAGACUUUGCCGGUUUCUGCGUCACCGGUGACGUCAUGCGAAAAACGCCAAACGCGAUUUUCAUGCACUGCCUCCCGGCGGAAAGAGGCACCGAGUGCACCGACGAGGUCAUGGAAGCCGACUACUCCGUCGUCUGGCAACAAGCCGAAAAUCGAAUGCACGCUCAAAAUGCCGUCAUGUUGAAGUUGCUCGGCGCUAAGUGA